GAAUAUAAUGUCCUCCGAGAGUUGGAAGCAUCGUAUACCGUUGCAAGUGGAAGCUUCCUCUGAAAUUGUUCCAAGUUUUCACUUGAGCAACCAACUUAAAAUAGUGGGAAGGUAUAAAGAAAAGUUCUCCGUACAAUUUUUAGAGGAAGACAUUGUAAGGGUGACUUUUCUGCCACAAGGGAAACCUUUGUUGGAUAGAACUUGGAUUAGAUGUGAUGAAAAUAACGAUGUUCCUCUGCAAGGUAUUGGCAGAGAUGACCUUUCAAGGUUUGCUUGUCCUCAAGUGACAGUGGAAAGAGAUCUAGACAGUUCCAUGCUGACUUUGAAAGGAACUAAAUUACAAAUCAAAGUUCAAAUACAUAACACGGUGGCACUAUACUGGCAAGAUAGUGAUGGAAGAGCAUUUCUAGAGGAUCGUCCUAUGGAAGCUUACGUGAGCGGAAAAGAGCAAACCGAGACUUAUCACUAUCUAGCUCGUAAACAUUCGGAGCAUUAUUAUGGGUUUGGUGAAACAAGUGGAGAACUAGACAAAUACGGAAGCAGAAUACGUAUGGAUCCUAGAGAUGCGUUGGGAUAUGAUGCAGAAACCAGCGACCCACUCUAUAAGCAUCAUCCAUUCUAUAUUACAUGGAAUAGUGCAUUAGCUGUUGGUUGUGGAAUUUUGUACGAUACAAUGUUGCCUUGUACUUUUGAUAUGGGCAAGGAAAUUCAAGCAAUUUAUGGCUCCUAUCGAUAUUUUAGUGUAAAUGGUGGAGAUAUCGAUUACUAUGUUAUUUAUGGUCCCUCUAUAGUAGAAAUAAUGGAGAAGCUCGCCAAGUUAACCGGCUUUCCUCCCAGAAUUCCAAGAUGGGCUUUGUACUAUUUAGGUAGUGGGAUGUUUUACACAGAAAGUAAUGAUGCAGAGCAACAGUUGAAAGAUUUUGUUUCAAAUUGUCGACGAUAUGAUAUUGUCUGCACUGGUUUUCAUUUAUCUUCAGGAUAUUCUACAGACUCUAUGAAACGAAGACAAAUGUUUUAUUGGAACAAAGACAAGAUACCGAACGUUCCAGAUUUGGUUCAUUUUUUUCAACGUAAUGGCAUGCACUUAAUUGCGAAUGUGAAGCCAUGGCUUCUUUGUUCCAAUCCUCAUUAUGGAGUUGCUAAGAACUUGCAACUCUUUGUAUAUCAUCUAAAUGAAAAAGGAGUAAAGGAACCUUGUCUGUUUCCAUUGUGGUCAUCGGAAGCAAGUAUCAGCGAAUUCGGUUCCUAUUUAGACUUUACCAAUGAAGCGACUAUGGAAUGGUGGAUUCACAUGUUAGGAGAAAACUAUUUAGCCUUUGGUAUCGAUGGCAUAUGGAAUGAUAAUAAUGAAUGGGAUGUUUGUGAUUGGAAUAGUUGCAUAGAUUUGGGAUAUUCUUUGAAACAGAUAGGUCGACCCAUUCAGUCGCUUUGGAUGGCUAAAGCCUCAAGAAAUGCUCUUUUGCGAUAUAAUCCCUCUUAUCGGCCAUUUGUAGUUUCUCGUUCCACUUGUUUGGGUAUGCAACGUUACAUUUCUCAGUCGUGGUCUGGAGAUAACCAUACCAGUUGGAAGACAUUACAGUAUAAUAUUCCCAUGAGUUUAGGAAUGAGUUUGAGUGGUUUUCCUUUCGUUGGUCAUGAUACGGGAGGAUUUUAUGGCCCUAAAGUUGAUCCUGAACUAUUUAUUAGAUGGAUUCAAUUGAAUAUUUUUAUGCCUCGUUUUGUUAUUCAUUCUGGAUGGAAUUCAGUGGAUGAACACAGUUGGAAAGUCAAUGAGCCUUGGAUGUAUCCAACUAUGCUUGAUAGAGUUAGGCAUGCCUUAUCCUUUCGGCAACAGUUGAUACCCUACUUGUACAAUUUGCAUAUUCUUGCUAGUGAAACUGGUCAUCCGGUGGUUCGUCCAUUGGUUUAUCAUUUCCCAAGCGAUAAGACUUGUGCAACUGAGUCAUUUUCAUUUUUAUUGGGAAGUUGGUUACUAGUUCAUCCCAUCACUCGACCAAAUGAAAGGACCACUUUUGUAUAUCUUCCAGAGAGCUGUCAUUGGUAUGAUUAUUAUAAAAAGCUGUGGUUUCAAGGUGGACAAACUAUUCAAGUUCAACUAGUAGAACAAGGAGUCCCUCUAUUCGUUCGUUCAGGUGCCAUAAUAUAUCAGAACAGACAACCAGGUAUUUUAGAUCGAGAGGAAACUCUUUUGAGUCGAUUAGUUGUUUGCUAUCCCGAUCCUUGGCUUGAAUAUUCCGUCACUGAAGAAAUAUUUGUGGAAGAUGAUGGUCCUUACUCUGAAGAAAAUGAAUUGCGUUUAAAAGCUUUUCUUUACUCAACGAAAAGUGCUGUUCAACUGUCUCUUUCUUGGUUAGGAAGUUAUCCUUGUGAUUUAUCUUGGCUAUUGCUAGAAGUUGAAGUAGUCGAAUCUCAACGGCCAGUUUCUAUCGUAUUAAGUGAAGAGCUCUUACCUUGGUCACAUCAUAUUCGACAAGUAUAUUCAUGAAAAGUCUAAAGGUAAAAUAUUGUUUUCUCUCCUGUUUGUAGUUUUAUUGUAACUACACAAUUCCUUUUUCUAUCUAUGCAUAUUGGAAUUAAAUUCCUUUGCCAUUCGUUCUUAUUUUCACAUCAUCU